AUGCUGUGGACCCAUCAUCUACCAACCCUCUGGGCCCUAACCCUCCCCCUACUCACAUCCGUACUAUCCUCCCCCAUCGACAUCCGAGCCACAGCGGGACCCUGGCUAGCCCUAGACACAGACUUCCCAGACCCAGGCUUCGUCCAAGCCGACGACGGCACCUGGUACGCCUUCGGCACGAACGGCAACAACCGCACGGUACAAGUAGCCAAAUCCAGCGACUUCAAAACAUGGACCCUCCUAGAUAAAGAAGCCCUCCCCACACUAGCAGGCUGGGAGACACAAAUCGACCACUGGGCCCCAGACGUAGUCCGCCGCAACGACGGCAAAUACAUCCUCUACUACAGCGGCGAAGCCCAAUCCGACCUCCGCCACCACUGCAUCGGCACCGCCAUCUCCACCACCACGGACCCCAGCGGUCCCUACAUCCCCAACCCGACCCCUCUCUCCUGCCGACUCGACCAAGGCGGAAGCAUCGACGCGUCCGGCUUCCUCGACAAAGACGGCACCCGCUACGUAGUCUUCAAAGUGGACGGCAACAGCAUCGGCAACGGCGGGGACUGCAACAACGGGAUAGCGCCAUUGAAACCCACCCCCAUCCUGUUACAGAAAGUUGAUACCGAUGGGUUCACGCCCGUCGGCGACGCAGUGCAGAUCCUGGACCGCGAUGAUAGCGAUGGACCGUUAGUGGAGGCCCCGAAUUUGAUUCUCCAUGGCGAUACGUACUUCUUGUUUUACUCGACGCAUUGCUAUACGGAUGAGAAGUAUGAUGUGCGGUGGGCGACGGCGCCGGAGAUUACGGGCCCGUAUACGAAGACUGGCAAGCAGUUGGUUAAGUCCGGGGAUUAUGGGUUGGUCUCGCCUGGGGGUGGCACGGUUUGUGGCUGUGGGGAUCGCAUGCUGUUUCAUGGGUUUUGUGCCCAGGGGGAUAGUAGGAGGUGUAUGUAUGCGGCGGAGGUGAGGAUUCAGGGGGUCGAGUUUGAGUUUGUUUAG